UUAGUUUCUUCAAAUCUGUAGGUAUCAAGAAGACAUUUCAAUUUUCGAAAGUAGCUAGAGGGAAUAGGGAAAAUAAGCCUUCUUUAAAUGCAGAUGGGCUAAAGGAAUUCAUUAAAGCUAAAGAUAUCAUUGAACCUUCAAGAGAUUCAAGUGGUAUUUCUUUUAUAAGGAAUCCUACAAGUAGACAAGAAUCUUCUACAAUAAAAGAGAUCAAUAGGCUGUUUAUGACCAAGCCAACAAAAAGAAAAGCAGCAAGUUUUGUGAGCAAUAAUGAGUAUUCUACAUCACCUUCAAAGGGUCUUCAUGCACAUAAUUCAUAUACUGAUCAAAACAAACAGCCAACAAUAAAUUCUGCACUUAACAAAACGUAUUCAUAGGAGAAGAGUCUUCGAGCCUGGCUCCUGCUUGUCCCUUGUCGUGCGCGUUCAUCAAGCAGUUCUGAUACUUUGUGAAUCAAAAGCUCGCAGUGAUAAAAAGCGAUCAAGACGAAAGAGACGACUCUGAUUCUGACGAAGCAGACGAAAGCAAGCAGGGCUUGAGCGAAGACUACUUGAAGACUCUCUAUACUGAAGUCGUUGAGAAGAUCACUCACAAGGUUCAAAGUUUACUCAGAACACAAGGAGGCAACCAGAAUUCUGGAGGCUUAAAUAAGAGUGGAAACAUUGACAGGUUUGCAGUCAAAAAGUUCAGGAUCCUUUCUCAGAUGGAAUCUGAUCUUCACGACCAACUAUUCUUGAAUUGUGACAAGAAUAAUUGGAUUUUCUCGGGCCCUCUCGACGAUGAGUGGGUGGUUCAGUCUCAAACUAAGAUCAACGCGAUCUCUGUCCUAAAUGAAUUCCUGAAAAUUAAGCUGCUCUUGAAAGAAGAACUGAGUCAAAUCAGCAGCCAAUACUCAGAAAAAUGUUUACAAAGGACGACCCAGAACUACAAAUAUGCUCUGAUUAAUGAAGCAGGACUGAGGCUCGUAGGGUGGAUCGAAAACUUUCAGGAAUUCAACCCCAAUGAAGCAGACCCUUUUGAUGUAAACCUUAGCUUAGAAGAACCAGAGGCUUUUGCAUCUCGAGGAGUGCAUUCCAUUGUGUACAAAGAGCAAGACGAAGAGUUAGAUUCUCAAAGUAUUCUUGAAACAGUGCUUACUCCAUUCGAGCGCUUCGAAAACCAGCCUUCAUUUAUCAAGGAAUUCACCAGUCUUCUGACGAAAGAGUUCAACACUCUCGGGAAUAUCUUCUCGUACUGCUUGAAGCAGGAAGUCAGCAGUCAGAACGAAAAGGACAUGAAAAAGCUCACUAGCAUGUUUAAAGAAGAAGUGUCUCUUCUGAUGCCGCAUCUCAAGCAAAUGAUGGAGCUGAUCAUCAACCAGUUUCUGAUCUCUAUCAAGGACAAAAUCUUGGAUGGCACACUAGACUUUUUCCACUUCCAGUCGAUAUACGACAACAUUUUGCACCCCAAGAUCGAAAAGAUUUCGAAGAACUUUCAGGCCAAAAUAGCCAGAGGAGCUUACUGGAAACAGCCAAUCACGUCUGAUGCACUUCUUGACAAAUGCAAAGGAUUCACACUUGAGAAUUGUUCGACCAAGUCCAAACUGGUCUUUAGUGAAUGCUGUAGAGGACUUCUGGGGUCUAAAAAUAUUAUAUUCGAAAAGAUCAUCAAAGAGUCCUUCGAUUCGCUGCUCAGUGAAAUCAGGAAAUCUCAUGCUGAAGGGGUUCCAAAGGCGAGGUCUCAAGAUCUGAUGAUGGUGGAGGUCAACCCCUUGACUAGCAUAAGACCAUACAUGUUCGACAUACUCGAAACAAUUUGCAGUUUCCUCAUCAAAAUAUUCGAUGGAAGUGGGAGUCAGAGUAAAGGUUUGUUCUUCCCGAAGAAAUUGUUUUCCAUCCAAAGCGAUUUGCUCACGCAGUAUGAAUUCGAGCUGACACCAGAGAUACUCAAGCAGAUAUACUUCGAAUACCAGUUUUUAUUUGAAAUUGCAAAUGCAUAUUUGUGAGCAUACACCCAGAUAGACCAGAAAGCUAAUGAGCUUACACAGAAGUUGCUGCAGAUGAUCAUGAAAUCAUCUGCGAGGAUGCAACAAAGGAAGACUUUUCAGAGUCAGCAAUUAGACGAAAGCGAUGUCUUUUCAGAAGAAGAAAUUACCAAGUUAAACAAAUCACUCAGGUCUCUUAAGCUCAUCCAUGAGUAUAAUUUCUGUGUGCUCAAUAUGGUCGGAGUUGCAACAUAAGCUAAUUCUAAGCAAUUUAAGGUUGGGUCACUUCCAGACAUUGCAUGUCCUUUGGGUUGGAUUCAGGGAAUUUGUAAAAAAAAUGCUCAUCAAUGAUCUAGUUUACCACACAAUCACAAACUGACAUUUAUUAAAGUUGGGCCAUAGCAAUGAUCU